AUGCCAGCAAAGCCAUGGGUAACGCCCGAGCAGCAUGAGUGGUUCCAAACAAAGAAGGAGGCAUUCCUAGGGGCUCAGAAGAUCGCGAAGGUCACAGCGUUCCUCACAGAGGCCGAGGCCCAGUUCUGGGAGCAAUGGCCUGAGCUUCCGGGGCUGUUUGGUCCCGAAAUAACCGUACAGGACCUCAGUGACGAGCAGCUCGAGACAUAUCGCAACGCCCUGCAGAAGCGGAAGCUGCAAAUCCGUGCCAAAUUCUACAAUGAUCAAGCCAAAACACGUCACGAGAAGCUGAAGACGCUGUCCCUUUCUGCCGUCAUAUCUGCCGGAAAGAGCACAUCGACACGUGUACCGCAGGAGGUCGAGGUCUACUCCAAGCUCUACUACCGGGACAAGGUCAAGGAAUCGGUUGAAGAGGAGAUCAAGAAUGGCCAAGGCUCGAAGAAUAAGAACAUAGGUGUUGUGCGUCGCGAGACGGCUCUUGCCUUCGAAGCCGAGACCGACGAAGUCAAAGCCGAGGUGAAGGCAUUCGUCCAGAAGGUCAAGGAGGCUACAGCGGCAGAAUCGAAAGAGCGACCCGUAGAACGCACCCCGCAGCGAUACCAAAGUGCCAUCAACGACCUUCCGCGUUUCUUGGAGUAUGUCCUCCUCUACCUCGCCGAGGAAACUGGUUGGGCUUUGACCGUUAUGGGUGGUGGGCCGUGCCCGGAGGAAGGCGGGGCGAUCCAAACGUUUGCAUACCAUGUUGGUACUACCGACGCCGGGCACAACUUCAAACAAACGUACAUGAACUACCAAGAAGCCGUUAUGGAUCCCUAUGCGAGGUUCCUCAAGGCGAAGUAUCCCCCUGCUGAACGCGCACGUCGUUCACUCACUCUCGCUGCGGAGAGCCCGCCCCCCGCUAAUAGCAAUGUGCCCGGAAACAUCACUACAGUGACCACUCCCUCGCCUGCGGCCUCGCAAAGUGCUCAGUCGAGAAGGACAGGGAGCCCUGAGAAUCUAUCUAGCUUGGCCCCACCGUCUCUACCAGUGGCCACGCCGUCUCUACCAUUGUCACCAGUGACCACAGCCCCUACGCUUGCUGAGCCCCCUGAGCCGACAGACCGUAGCCCCGGCGUUCCUAUCCCAGAUGAGCUCACUCCCACGUCGUACCCUUUGGGCACCGGGAACCUCGGCGUACAGUCUGCCAUAUCAGCAUCGGCAUCCGUUGUUCCUCCGCCGGCUCCUACUGAGAUGUCACUAGUCAGCGCCGGUUCGACAGCCGCCUCUGCAUCUCCCAUCACACUCCAGCCCUCCAGCUUGCUCACGUUCAAUGCUCCUGGUGCCGCAGAUCACCUUGCCGGUGGCCUUGACGUCCCGUCAUGGCCGGGCCGGUCCUCAGAUGUGUUCCAUUUCGAACCUACGUUCCUGCCUGGCAACCUGUCAAUCCCGAGCUCGUUUGAUUCCGAGUUCCAUCCUGCACCGCCGACCUUCCAGUUCCCCUACAUGAGCCCUCUAGAGCCGUUGCUAUCUCUCACGCCGCCCUUGCUCUCGCCGAUAUCAUCGGCCCUUCUCGGUCUACCAGUCAUUCCUAGCACUUUGGCAAAUACUUUAGCGACAUUCUCCGACACCGACAUGUUCUCUCAGCAGCCCGCGCUUCAAAUUGUCCAGCACCCCAUUGUGUCCGACAACAUCGCUCGCCCUGCUGUCGCGACGGUUCAGAGCCCCGCUGUCGCGACGGUUCAGAGCCCCGCUGUGAACGUCACAACUACGGACCCUCCGGCACCAUCCGCAUCGCAGAUGAUGGUCGAUCCAUUGCCGCCUACCACAAACCUUCCUUCAGCUUCGUCGACGUCACUAGUGCUAUCUCCUGGAUCGCGCACCAAUGCAAAUGCGCACGAUGCGACCAUGUCGCAAUCCCAACCCGUGCCGGAUGACCAGCCUGAUGCAGCUGAGCUCCAGCGUGCCGACGACCAGCCUUCGCGGCCUCGCAGAGAUCGGUCGGCUCCUAAGCGCCCUGAUGCAGACUGGCAGCCGUCUGGCGUCCAUGGCAAGGAGAAUCGCGGUGCAAAUUCGGUGCCUCAGCGGAAGCGUCCUGCCCCUGUUCACAGUUCUGAUGUCAAUGCCCCACAGUCGAAGCGUGCGCGCAAAAUUUGA